UUUAGCGGAUCCGUCUAAGGCUGUCAAAGGAGGCUGUUUUCAUCCUCCCAGAUCGCACUCUACCCAUCCAUGGCUGAAUCGGCCGGCGGCGGUGAGCCCCGGCUCCCCGAGGAGCUCGUCCUCUGGGAGAUCCUGACGCGCCUGCCGGCGAGGUCCCUCCUACGGUGCCGCGCCGUCUGCACAUCCUGGCGCCGCAGCCUCACCUCCGACACGGGCCUCCUCCUCGCGCACCAUCGCCACCAGCCGGCGCUCCAGCUCGUCACCACCGGGGACGACCUGGAGGGCAGGAUCGACGCGCUGGACCCCCGCGCCGGCGAGCGCCGCCCCGUCGCCCGCACGGACCGGGCCGCCUCCCCCAUGGACCUCGUUCUGCUCGCCGCCUGCUAUAUAGGAAUGGCACGGUAUAACCCUACUCUUACUGUAACAAGUAUCAAUGUUGUGUUAAUCGAUAUGAUAUCUGAGAGUCAUCUUCAUCGGAGGUUUUUGUUUCGAAAAAUAUCGGUUCCUGCUUUUCACCUUAUUUUUUGACUGUACCAAUUUACGCACUUUGGUUAGAUUUUCUUGUAAAUCUGCGAAGUUUUUGACAUUAUCCUGACAAACAUUUUUCUAUGA